AUGAACGGCGGGCAGCAGCAGCAGACACAGCAUCAGCAAGAACCAGAGGCGCACCAAUCUUCCCAACCGCAACCCGCGUCCAAGACGGCGACCACGACGAACAACGAAGACAGCACCAGAGGAGGCGCCGCAGUGUCCGGGGGCGUGGGACUGACGACGGGCGGAAGCGGCGCGACGCCGACUGUCAAGAUGCAACAGUCCCGGCAGGAGGCGCCGGCCAUCACGCCCGCGAUGGUGACCGCGGCGGCGGCACCAUCGAUGACGACUGCUUCAGCAGCGGCAACAGCCGUGGCUGCUGCCGCCGCCGCCACGGCUGCCGCCGACGCCACUGCUUCUGGGGCAAACGGGAGCGGUGGUAAUAACAAUGGGAUCGGAAGCAGUUCGCCGACGACGGCGGCGCAGACGGUGGCGGCUAUCAACAAGAAACGGAAGAAGGAGGGUCUGAAGCCAAUCAUCACGACGGACAACCCAGCGACAGGCAUGGGAAAAUACUGCGAGACUAUGACCAUGUUCAAGUCCAAGAACACUCUUCCACCUCUGCGCGAAACCGACAAGAAGGACCCAAUGUUGAAAACAAGGACCGCCCAACUCUCCGCCAUGCAAGCAUCCCCCACAUCCUCAUCCUCCCCAGAGGACGCCGCCGAAAACACAGCCGACGAGGAGGAUUCUGAGGACUACUGCAAGGGAGGCUACCACCCCGUCUCCAUUGGCGAAAAAUUCAAGGAUGGCAAAUACACAGUCGUGCGCAAGCUGGGCUGGGGCCAUUUCUCCACCGUCUGGCUGUCGCGCGACAACACCACCGGCAAGCAUGUCGCCCUCAAGGUCGUGCGCUCCGCCGCACACUACACAGAGACCGCCAUCGACGAGAUCAAGUUACUCCAGAAGAUUGUCACCGCGAAGCCUGAGCAUCCCGGCCGGAAACACGUCGUCAGCCUCCUCGACUCCUUCGAACACAAGGGCCCCAACGGAACGCACGUCUGCAUGGUUUUUGAGGUUCUAGGCGAGAAUCUGUUGGGUCUGAUCAAGAAAUGGAACCAUCGAGGCAUACCCAUGCCGUUGGUCAAGCAAAUCACGAAGCAAGUUCUGCUGGGGCUCGACUAUCUCCACCGGGAGUGCGGCAUCAUUCACACCGACCUCAAGCCCGAGAACGUAUUGAUUGAGAUCGGCGACGUCGAGCAGAUCGUCAAGAAGGUUGUCAAAAGCGAGCCAUCAGAUAAGGAGAACAAUCGCAACGGUCGGAGGAGACGUAGGACGUUGAUCACCGGCAGCCAGCCAUUACCCUCGCCACUCAACGCAUCUUUCAACCACAACAACCUCUUCCCAUCACCAAAUUCACAUUCCAGCCUUGGCCAGAUGCUGAACGAAGGCAACAAACCGAAAGAAGCAUCACCGACCGACGAGAUCAAGCAGAAACAGCGGGAAAAGACAGCGGAUCUCCUAACGAAAGAAGUAUCUGGCAUUUCCCUGGACAAGUCUUCCAAUUCCUCUUCGUCAUCGACAGGUGAAAAGCGGAAGGCCGAAGAUUUCGGUUUGGACGUCAUCAGCGUCAAGAUUGCGGACCUCGGCAAUGCCUGCUGGGUGAACCACCACUUCACAAACGAUAUCCAGACAAGACAAUACCGGUCACCGGAGGUGAUACUUGGUUCGAAAUGGGGGGCCAGCACGGAUGUAUGGAGCAUGGCUGCCAUGGUGUUCGAACUCAUAACUGGCGACUAUCUCUUCGACCCUCAGUCCGGCACUAAGUAUGGCAAGGACGACGAUCACAUAGCCCAGAUAAUAGAGUUAAUGGGGCCAUUCCCGAAGUCACUGUGCCUGUCAGGCAAGUGGUCACAGGAGAUAUUCAAUCGCAAAGGCGAGCUGCGCAAUAUCCACCGGCUGCGCCACUGGGCGCUGCCCGACGUCCUGAGGGAGAAGUACCACUUCAAGGAGGAGGAGGCGAAGCGCAUUGCGGAUUUCCUGGUACCCAUGCUGGAGCUCGUUCCGGAGAAGCGGGCCAACGCCGGCGGUAUGGCCGGUCACGUCUGGCUGGAGGAUACGGCAGGGAUGAAGGGCAUCAAGAUCGAGGGACUGGAGGUCGGCUCCCGGGGCGAGGGGAUAGACGGGUGGGCGAACGAGAUCCGGAGGCGGUAG